UCAAAGAGAGACUGUCUGCCGCCGUGAAGCGCUCUAUCGCUGGGCAAGGCGUCGACCUCGUCAUUCGAGACGAGAUUCGAGACAUCUCCGAGGCGUGGGCUUGGCAGCCUCCUGACAGCUCCUAGAGUAUCCUCUUGGCGCAUUUACUUCUUUUCGUCGUGGUCAAGAGGUUCGAACCGGAUCGUUAUUCGAUGAUUUGCCCAUAGAAAUAAUGCAACGUAUCGUCGAUCGUAUCGACGUGCGUAGCGCUCUUCAUUUCGCAACGACGAGCAAGACGAUCAGAGAAGCUGUGGCUUCGAGGAUUGACGAGGUUGCACGACGAGAAAUGGAACAACUGCAUCCUUGGAUGCUCCCGUUCACACCGCGUGAGCUGCGAUACUGGGAAUCUCGACAAGUUGCUCGCACCGAGACAAACGACGAGCAGAGUAAGAAAGGAUCGAUCUGGCUAUCUCAUAUGAAAGCUUGCCUGCAGUCGCCGACAUGCUCGAUUAGGAAUAGAAGAAGAAUAUGGAGAUCUGCUACUUCCAUUUUUCACGAGGCGAAGGAGCGCGGAUUGCUCGAGAAAGCCUAGUCGGAAACAUCCGCAUGUCCCAGCUUAUACUAUCGCAGGGUUUUAAACAAUCUGUGGCCUGCUAGAUUUACAUUGACGAACGAGUA